UACUCUGUAUCUCAAGCAAAGGUGUUCUGCUAGCACUCUGGGAGGGGUGAUGUCAUUUCCUCUCCCUUGCACAUCCUAUAAAAUGCAGGUGUUGUUGCAGUAAGUAGCUUGUAGAGCACCGGCAGAGUAGCGGCACGUUAUUCCUGCACUCGAAGACCCUGUGCCUCAGAACCAACCAGAACACCCAAGUUUUGUAGAGAAUGCGUCCAUGAUACAUUCCCCUGUUCACUCGCUCAGUUCCAGCAUAGCAAAGUUAGAGGUAGUCACGCUUCACAGCUCAUCGGUGACUGCAGCUUAUUGUCAACGCUACAAUGAUAACGACGGGAUUCCUUGUGUUGAUGGCCAUGGUGAAUUACGUUUCACCAAUACCGGUGCCUAAAGGGGAGAAUGAGGACAUCCAGGUGAUGAAGUGCAUUGUGGAGGUUAUCGCUGAUGCCCUUUCCAGGCCACACCCCUUGCCUGUCAGUCAGCACUGCCUGGAUACUCUAAGGACAGAUGAGCGAUUGGUUUCUAUUCUACGUCAUCGCAACUUCCUGAAAGAGCUGCAAGCUAUAGCUGUAGAAGGAGCCAAUGAGAGAGCUCAGCUGACAGAGGGCCAGACAACCAUGACAGGUCAGGUGACCCAGCUACCCCAGGAUGCCCCUGAGGAUCUGGAGGCAAAUCCAGAUCGAUCCAUGCUUCUGGCUGGCAUGAGGCCUGGAGAGAAGAGGGGGGCUGAGGAGGAGGAAGAGGGAGAGGAAGAGAGCGCUGAAAGGGAAGCCACAGAGUCCCAGGAGUCUCGGGAGGGGAACGAGAUCGAAGACAAGGAGCAGGACAGGAGCGAGGAAGAACAGAACCCCAGCAACCAUAUAUCAGACUCCAUGAACCAGGGGAACAAGAGUGAGGAGAAAGGAGAGAUGGCAGACACAGAGACAGAGGAGGAGAAGGAGGAGAAGGAGAAGGAGGAGAAGAAACAGUCUAGCUCUGCUGAGGAGAAGGAAGAGGACGAAGAUGAAAAGACCCUGGCUCAGAAUGGGAAAGUCGGCGACGGCCAGGGAGAGACCUCAGAGGCAAAGCCAUCCGCUGAGGAGGAGAAGAGGAAGAGGACGGCCUCGGACAGCGCCGAGGGCGAGAGGAAGAAAGAACACGUGGGAGAAGAGGAGGAGGAGGAGGAGGAGGAAGAGGGAGAGAAGAGAGGCGUCAGUGCCAAGACAUGGAGCAGGUUGACCCACCAGCCCCGCGGCCUGCAGGCCCCGAGGAGGGCUAAAGUAGAGCAGGAGGAAGAGGUGGAGGAGGAGGAGGAGGAGGAGAGGAGAUCCAGUGAGUACAAGCAGCUCCAGGGGGCGCCCCACCACUCUAAGGAGGAGUCCCCAGAGGAGGAGGCUACUCAGGGGCUUCAGCACAGCCCAGAGGAGACGGAGCUCCGCAUGAUGGCCAGACGAGAGCCCGAGCCCAGAGACGAGGAGGGGAGCGCCAGUAGAAAGACAGAGGAACCUCAGAUUGAGAGUCUGGCAGCCAUCGAGUCCGAGCUGGAGAACAUGGCUAAGAAACUCCACGAGUUCCGUCAUGGCUGAACGGCUCCUCCAGGCUGUCCUUCCUCACCACCUUCCUCUUCCUCCUUUACCAGUUAGCUGCCCUGCAUUUAGACGCGAGUGCGUUCACGGCAAGGCAGAGGCCCUCCGCUCCUGUCGCCCCCACCUGGCCUGGGCCUCCAUCCACCUCCUGUUGGUGUGAGCGACCGCCACUCUCGACGCCUCCCCUCCUCUUCUCUCUCUCUCUCCCUCUCUUUUCCUCGAAAGGACGAGUCUUGAGAAAACCCCAGUCUGAAAAUAAGGAACUCGGAUUCCUUCGCUCCUGCUGUUCUCUGGCCUGCCUUUGCUCUCGCCUUUGCUUAACGCUCGACAACGGUACGCUCGCUUGCUCGCUUCGCCCGAAAAGUCUCUGAGCACCGCGCGACAUCUCUGUGACGACAUGAUAAAACUGUCUGUGUGUAAUGUUGUAAUGAAAUCCAGAACUAGCUACUUGGGGAUAUAAUGAGUUUGUGUAUAUGCAAAUAUAAAAAAAAAUCUUACGUUCUUUCUAAAGAAACUAUGUUGUUCUGGACCUUUCAGGCUCAGAGGGUUCUAAGAAAUGCAAUAAUUGAUCAUUUUUCGUAGACUUAAAAAAAUACUUGUAUUUACAAUCUGUAUGAAAUUUAGCUAAGAAAACCAAUAAAUUCUAAAGAGUUAAAAACAAA